GCGGACUGCGGAGUCCGGGGCGCUCCAUUUCUGAAUUCAGAUGUCGGGCUGGGAGACGGUCGCGGGCGGUCGGUGGUGGGCAAGGCAAUGACAGCGGCGACGGCCAAGGCAACGCAACCGGGCCAGCCACAUUGACGUCUUCCCCCUCCCUCCUCCUCCUCCUGGCGCCCUCCCCUGCCUAUAAAUCGGGCGCGAACGCAGAGCGCGUCGCCCGCCCGCCCGCCACAGGCCUUCCUGCUCUUCAAGCUCUGGCCUUUGGCAGCAGCCAAUCGCCUGUUUCCUGUCUCUUCUUCCCUUCCGGUGGUCUCGCGUCAGCAGGUAGCUGCGCCUUUUUUUUUCCCCCCCUUUUCACGCUCGGUGGGGAUAAGACCGUGGCGUCAUUGCCACCAUCUCACCACCGCAAGCGCAAGCAUCAUCCCGGGCUGCCGCUACCGGCGGGGCAACAGCGUUGCCUUGCUCUGCCUCCCCCCCUCUCGCUCGAUCCGCUGUUGCCCUGUCCCUGUUGAUCGCUCGCUUAGCUUUGUCUAUCUAUAGACUAUAUAUAUAUAAGGCAGAACAAGCAGCGCGCAGUGGCCAUGUCGUCCGACGCGGUGGCCGCCAGGAAGGGCCGGUUGAAGCAGCGCUACGACAACGAGUUCCGCCUCGUCGCAGGGUGCGUGCCGUACCGGGCGAACAAGAAGGACGACGAGCUAGGCAACCCGUGCAGCAGCCUCGGCGUCGGCGACGACCACACGGCGGAGGUGGAGGUGCUCAUGAUCUCCACGCCUAACCGGACCGACAUGGUCUUCCCCAAGGGUGGGUGGGAGGACGACGAGGACGUGUACCAGGCGGCAUCCCGCGAGGCCAUGGAGGAGGCCGGCGUCAAGGGCAUCAUCAACAGAGCUGCCUUGGGGCACUGGGUGUUCAAGAGCAAGAGCAGCCAGAACAGCACCAGCCUUAGUGGAGCCUGCAAGGGCUACAUCUUCGCCAUGGAGGUCACCGAGGAGCUGGAGACGUGGCCGGAGCAGGACACGCACAACCGCCGAUGGGUCUCUCCCGCCGAAGCCUACCAGCUCUGCCGGUACGAAUGGAUGCGGGAGGCGCUCACCGCGCUGCUGGAGAGGCUGUCGGUGCUCGAGCCGGUGGCCGCGGCGACGGCGGCAGCCACACCGCCGGAGCUGACCGACCAACAAGCUGGCAUGUACAUGAUGCUGCAGGCGUCCUCGGACGGCGCGGUGGCGCUGUGCUAGCUGAUCCUCCAUGGACGCUGCUGCUGUUGCUGUUGUGGAUAACUGUCCUAACUGUCCCCCUCCCCACGUUCAGUUCAAAGCAAGUGCAAAAAGCAUGGCAACCAGAAGAUAAAACCCAAGAAAUUCAGGUCCUCUCUGUCUAGUCGCUCGUUUUAGGCCUUCGAUUCUCAGCUAGUCAUGACGAGUCUUCAGUAUGCCUGCUGCAAGUGUCGUCAGUCCAGUGUCGCCCAGUUUGCAGGCGCCGUUUCCCAUCCACAACAUUUGCUGUUGGUUGGCUAGCUUCAGAGGUUAGGACAAAACUGUCCCCUUGGCCCUUGCAUCAUCAAUGCGAUUAGUGAGGGUUCCUGUGUGUCAUCUUCUGUGUCUGUAAAUGUAAUAUUGUGAAAAAUGGUAUGGGAAUUUACCCAUGCCCUGUGUCUGUAAAUGCAAAUAAUACCCAUACAUGUACUCUUCCUUGGAAUGCUGAAAA